CUGAGAAGACGCUCUGAAGAAGAUAAACCCCCAAAUCUGGUUGCAAAACAGCUGGAAAAGUGGAAGAAGUUGUUAAAGUGCGAGUUUCUGAUGGAAUAAAAAGUUAUGAUGCUGAAAAGGGGCGAAGAAGAGUCGUGUGAGAAUGUUUGAACGAAUUUAGUGUACUGUGGAAGAGCAUCAGAUGACAAUCUCUCGAGACAAAAACAUCGACUCUGAGAUUUCUUCUUAAUAUUUUUAAGAAUAAACCUAUUGUUUGGUCAAUCUAUAAGGACAUUUAGGAAAUCAUGGGAAGUUUUAAAGGCCACGCAUUGCCUGGAAGUUUCUUCCUGAUAACCGGACUGUGGUGGGCAGCAAAGCAGACAUUUUUGUACGCCACCCGCAGGAAUAAAAGUGCUGGUGCAGGCAGACUUGCAUCCCGAGCUACCCAACGGCGCAUAGAAAUCAUAGAAGGAGCUGUCAUUUUAUCAUUUUCUAUUAUUGGUAUGUUAGCAGAGCAGCUUUUAGCAGGUGGGCCCAAGUUUCAGCUGUAUGAUUCUUCCACUCAGCACUGGGAGCAGCUGAUGAACUGGCAGCACACCACCAUGUACCUGUUCUUUGCCAUCGCGGGGGCCAUAUCUCUCACUGUCCACAGCACAGACAUUGCCCCACUGGCCUUAGACCGGAUGCUGCUGGGUCUUGCUUUCUUUAAUGAGGGAUUUCUAUUCCUUUACCAUCUCCAUGGUAGAGAUAUGCUUGAUGUCCAUGUGCACACCCUUCUUCUCUAUGCCAUCUUUGGACAAGCUUUCAUCUGCCUUCUGGAGGUUUUCCACAGAGGGAAUAUUUUACUAGAACUGCUCAGAGCCACUCUCACCGUACUGCAGGGCAGCUGGUUCUGGCAGAUUGGCUUUGUUCUGUAUCCACCCAGUCAAGUGAAAUGGGAUCAGACAGACCAUGACAAUGCUGUCUUUGUCACAUUAUGCUACUGCUGGCACCUGGCGUUUGCAUUGCUCACUGUAGCUGUCGUGUACUGGUCUGUUCUCUGUGCUGUGCGUACCAGACUGAGGAGGAUGCCACCCAUGGAAAUGGGGCUUUUGAAACCAAGGGAUAAAGACGUAGAGUCUGAAGAUGAGAUUUUAUGAGUAUUUAUCAUCCAUUUAUCAUUCAUUUGGACCAGAAUCCAAAGAAAAGUAUAGAGACAGAGAGUGGGAGAUAUGAACAGAGAGGCAUUGUCACUAAAUAUUAGCUCUUUCUUAAUUUCCUGAGGAGCAGAUGGGAGAUGACAAACCGUGGCAGUCUUGCUUCCCAAGAUCUGUUUCAUCAUACUAUAACAAGUGACUCUAAGUAUAUCACAAGAGCUGUAGUGUUUUAUCUCUCACUCAUGUUCCCAGUAUGAUAGUUGCAUGAUAGUUGUAUGAUCAUUCCUUUUUUAUUUCACUACUCCCUAUUUCUCUGAUGCACCUCAGGACCAACCUACUCAAAGAAAUUGAUUAAAACUUGAUUAUUUUCUAUACAGGUUUGCAUCAGGUCAAUCAAAUAUGAUGUAUUGUUUAUUCUUUAUAUACAACUUUUGUUGUCAUUGCAUUGUUUACAGUAUAUCUGACGCAAUAUAGUGUAAAUUUGAGAUUUUUUCAUGUGCCUUGUCAGUAUUUUAUAUGUUGUCAGGACAGAGAAUAUAAUGUUUUUAUCAUAUUGCUUUUAGUGGUACUCUAUGACAUAUAUGCUAAAAUUGUUAUAUUUUAAUGCCUCAGAGAUUUGCAGGUUGUAAAUGAAUGAUGCUUUUGUAUUGUCUUGAUAAUUCUUGACAGCCAUAACAAUUCCUCGGCUAGCCUGCUGUGUUAAUUUUUUCUUUCAUAGUAUUUUGACUGAAAAAGGGCACUGUACGUGGACUAUUGAAAUUACAGUAUCUUAUUACAUACAUUUAUUAACUGAUUUAAUUUAACUUGACAAUUAAUACUUUUUUCUUUUCAAUAAAAUUAGUGUAUAACAGUGUACAAAGACUGUGUAUUAAUAUUAAUUGCUUUUUAAUUGCCAUGUGCUGGUAUUUUUUCCACAGAUAUUUAUCUCAGUGAACAAUACUACAUUAAAACAUUUGUAAAACAAUA